UCAACGCGGAAACGUGUCUGUGCAGCGGAGGCUGUGGGUGGUGUGCGUCCUUGCCCUCUGGAUUUUGGGCUAACCUGGGUUGAACAACUCACUUUGUUCUCGGUUUUCACAGUUUUAUCAUAACCUGAUUUGACUAGAAGAGACAGUCCGUUAUGCCUUUUCAUAAAUACUCCCCCAAAAUCUGGGAGGUCCUGAAACUGAAGCAGGGCAUCUACGCUCGUCUCCCCAAACACUACCUCAAGUCCCUGGAACUGAAAGAUCCGACCCCUGUCCACUGGAAGCCUUUGGGAGUACAGUACCAAGCCAACCCAACAACGGGCCACAAGGAACGGGUACAGGAUGUCCCGAUACCGAUCUUCUACCCUCCACCCUCCCAAGACGGCCUGUGGGGAGGAGAGGGCUUGAUAUCAGGCUUCAGAUACGCCAAUAAUGACAAAAUGUCCACUCGUCUGAAGAAGACCUGGAAACCACAGCUGUUCAAGAGAGAGUUGUACAGCGAGAUCCUGGACCACACGUUCACCAUCACAGUCACAGUCCGCACUCUGAACCUCAUCGACGCUGCCUUCGGAUUCGACUUCUAUAUUCUCAACACAUCAAAGGAAGACCUGAACUCCAAGUUGGGGAUGGACCUGAAGAGGGCCAUGUUGCUUCGCCUGGCACGCAGGAACACAGAGCUUUACCCCUCCGAGCCCGUCAAGGGAGAGAAGGUCUACAAAAAAUACAAGCAGUUUGAGAUCCCGGAGGAGGAGGCCGAGUGGUUGGGUCUGAGCCUGGAGGAGGCCGUGGAAAAACAGAGGCAGCUGGAGCACAAGGAGCCGGAGCCUCUGUUUAAGGCCUGUGUGGAGGAGCUGGUGGAGGAUCUGCACGUCCAAAAACUUUCAGAGCCACACAUAGAGAAUAAGUGACGGCGCAAACCGCCUGAGCGGGACAGAGGCAUUCUUUUCAGGCUGAAAAAGGAAGUAGCUUGAAUUGCAAGCUUCUUCAGAUGGUGGUUUCACCCCGUAGAACAUCCUGCAGUUUCAGCUUGUAUUUUCAUCUGAGAGCGACACAAAUGCUUAUUUAUUUACCCAUACAUUAAAGAUCCAUACAUAAGACAUUUUAGGAAUUAAGAGAAAAGCCUCCGUUAGUGUAAAUACUACCUGACCAGUUAGUUGUGAUAUUCAAAUAAUAAAAGAUACCCUUUUUU